UAUAGGACGACACCAAAAAGUACUACCGGUGUUCCUCCGGCUGAACUACUCUUCAAUCGGACGGUACAAGGCAAGUUACCCAUUCUUCACAGGAAGAACAUUGUGAACCGACAUAAGGAAGCUCGUGAAAAUGAAAACAAGCGACAGAAGUAUAACGAAAGAUAUGCAAACGAAAGAAGGAAUGCAAAGGAAAGUGGAAUCAAAGAGGGAGACUAUGUGUUAGUGAAACAACCCAAGGCAAAUAAACUAACGCCAAAUUUCAAUCAAACACCUUAUGUUGUUGUUUAUCGGAACAAAACAGUAGUUAGAGCUAGAAAUAAAGACGGACAUGAAAUAGAACGAAAUGUUUCACAUUUUAAAAAGAUACCCAAACCCAGCAAAGAUAAUGAAUAUACGUCAGAGGAAACCGACGAUUUCAGUACAGAGAAUAACAAUCAGCGUACUCCAGAGGAAACAGUACAGUUUAACAUGAACGACCGUAAUAACAACAAUAGUGACAAUGGUAUGAAUGUGCACCCUCGACGGUCCACGAGAGUAAGAAAGCAACCCGAAAGAUACGGACAAGCAUUACCGUCUAACAUUGUUACGUGA